CCCAGAGCGCAGCGUUGGUUGGACUCCGCCCAACUAAGUGAGCCAGUGCAUCGAUAGUCUGCACAUAUAGAUACUAUAAAUUUAUAGUAUCUAUGGUCUGCAUGUGUUCGAUCAGUACGAAGCUUGGGAAUACAGACAAACAAUUACUCAUGGAGCCGGAGAGGAAGACUCUGCUUGACCUGGAGGGGGGAGGGAGACCGCCUGCUGGAGGCUCCCCGGCCCCGUCAGCACCCCCUAGAGAAGCAAUAGCCCCGCCCCCCUACCCUGGCCGAGGAGGAUAUGGGGGUGUGGUCUCAGAACAGCCGUUUGCACCACCUUCUUAUAACAUUGCUAGCCAUGCUAACCAUGUUGGUGUGAAGCCACCUAACUACAUGGCCCUCAACGCUUUCAUUGCGCUCUGUUGCUGUCUUUUGUGUGGAUUAAUGGGACUCAACAUGGGAUUGCAAAUUGAAGAACAUUGGAAGCAAGGAAAUAGGGAGUUGGCUUAUAAGCGCUCUAAGAACGCCAAGAGAUGUGCAAUUGGAGGGAUAAUUUUUGGAGUCAUCGUUUAUAUCAUUAUACUGAUUAUUGUCCUUUUCAUUGUUGUAACUGUAGCAAAGAGAUAACCUUAUUUCAUUUUUUGCCCACCAAGCACCCCAUACUUAAAUCUAUGACCUAUAUUUUUAUUUCACGUAUUUCAACGACUGCCAUUAGUGCUAUUAUGUAUAGCCUUGUAUAGCCUUGAUUCGUUUUGGUCAAAUUAAAGAAUUUUACCAG